AACUUCCGGGAACGGCUUACUUCCGAGACAGACACGGAAGUGCUGAGAGGAUCCGGGAGCCGGGUAGGUUGCUAGGGUCUCUGGCUCUGCGGUCAGCCCUGGGAACAUCUCGGAGAGCUGGAUUCCUAGAGACCCGAUUUCAGUAGCUCCGAACAAACGAAGCCAGCGCUCCUGCCUGCUCCCUGACCUAGGAUCCGAUGCCGGCCGCGUCCUGGGGCCCCCGUAGCGGGGCUGGACCAUGAGCCUGCUGGACGGCCUCGCCUCUUCGCCGCGGGCCCAGCUGCAGUCCAGCAAGGCCAGGAUGAAAAAGCUUCCGAAGAAGAGCCAGAACGAGAAGUACCGGCUGAAAUACCUGCGGCUGCGCAAAGCGGCCAAGGCCACGGUGUUUGAAAAUGCUGCUAUUUGUGAUGAAAUUGCUCGUCUUGAGGAAAAAUUUCUUAAAGCAAAAGAAGAAAGAAGGUACUUGCUAAAGAAGCUCCUCCAGCUUCAGGCUCUAACUGAAGGGGAAGUGCAGACUGCAGCUCCCUCCCACAGCUCCAGUUUGCCCCUGACUUACAGUGUGGCCAGCUCUGUGGGAACUAUACAGGGAGCUGGGCCUAUUUCCGGGCCCAGCACUGGGGCUGAGGAACCAUUUGGGAAGAAAUCCAAGAAGGAGAAAAAGGAAAAAGGCAAAGAGAACAACAAACUGGAAGUUCUGAAGAAAACAUGCAAGAAAAAGAAAAUGGAGGGAGGUGCUCGCAAGCUGGUUCAGCCCAUUGCCCUGGAUCCCUCAGGACGGCCUGUGUUCCCCAUCGGACUAGGGGGUCUAACAGUAUAUAGCCUGGGGGAGAUCAUCACCGACCGACCUGGCUUUCAUGAUGAGAGUGCCAUCUACCCCGUGGGCUACUGCAGUACUCGAAUAUAUGCCAGCAUGAAGUGCCCAGACCAGAAGUGUCUAUAUACCUGUCAGAUAAAGGAUGGUGGUGUGCAGCCUCAGUUUGAAAUUGUUCCCGAAGAUGACCCCCAGAAUCCCAUCGUCGGCUCUUCUGCAGAUGCUUGCCAUGCAGAAUUGCUCAAGACUUUAAGUGCUACUAUGGGGAAACUAAUGCCUAACCUGCUUCCAGCUGGAGCUGACUUUUUUGGGUUUUCUCAUCCAGCCAUCCACAACCUGAUCCAGAGUUGCCCAGGAGCUCGAAAAUGCAUGAAUUACCAGUGGGUGAAAUUUGAUGUGUGCAAACCUGGAGAUGGGCAGCUACCCGAGGGGCUGCCAGAGAAUGAUGCAGCUAUGAGCUUUGAAGCCUUUCAGAGACACACCUUUAAUGAAGAUCAGAAUGAUCCCCUUCUGCCAGGAUCCUUGGACCUCCCGGAGCUUCAGCCUGCAGCCUUUGUGUCUUCUUACCGGCCUGUGUUCCUGACACAUGAACCCUUGGUAGAUACUCACCUGCAGCACUUGAAGUCUCCAUCACAGUGUAACCCAAUUCAGUCUUCAGACUGAACAGAAAGGGAUCAGAUGCCACAUCAUUUUCAUCAUGAUUAAUUUAAGAUUUCAGAUAUAUGGAAGAAAGCAGCAAUUCAGAAGCAAAGAAGAUAUUAACAUAUUUCAUCAUGGAUCCUGUGGUGAUAGUUCUCCCUGAGAAAAACUUCAGCUGCUUUAUUUUUAGUAAUAAAUUUCUCUUGUCAAUUCUGUUUA